AUGCUAGACGUUUUAGAUUUCAUCACCGAGCGGGGUGGUAACCCCGAGAAGAUCCGCGAGUCACAGCGCCGCAGAUAUGCCAAGGUUGAGGUUGUCGAUGAGGUGAUCGAGAUGUUUGAGGACCAUCGCAGAACCCAAUAUGCCGCGACUCAGAUAAACAGCAAGAUCAACGAAGUACAGAAGCAGAUCGGUGCUAAGAAAAAGGCCAAGGAAAACGCCGAUGAACUACUUCAACAGAAAGCCGAACUCGAAAAGGAGAAGAAGGCGUUUAUCGACUCGGCAGCUCAGAAAGAUAUUGCGCUAAAAGCCAAGAUCAAUACCAUUGGCAACAUCGUCCACGAUUCGGUCCCUAUCAGCGAUAACGAAGACAACAACGCAAUCCAACGAACGUGGGCCCCGCCAGGAGUCACGGUAGAGAAGAAGAAUGUACUUUCUCAUCACGAGGUUCUCUUACGGCUGGAUGGUUACGAUCCUGAUCGUGGAGUCAAGGUCGUGGGCCAUAGAGGUUACUUCUUAAGACAAUGGGGUGUAUUCCUUAACCAGGCUCUGAUCAACUAUGGUCUAGAAUACCUUAGCAGCAAAGGUUUCACUCCCCUACAGACACCCCAAUUUAUGCUCAAGGACUACAUGGCGAAGACAGCUCAGCUAGAGCAGUUUGAUGAGGAAUUAUACAAGGUAGUCGACGGCGAAGCGCAAAAUGACAAAUACCUUAUCGCGACGUCGGAACAGCCCAUCUCCGCCUUCCACGCCGACGAAUGGAUGAUGGCCAAGGAGUUACCUAUCAAGUAUGCGGGCUUUAGCACGUGCUACAGAAGAGAGGCCGGUUCCCACGGCCGUGACGCUUGGGGCAUCUUCCGUGUCCAUCAGUUCGAGAAGGUGGAACAAUUCGUGCUUACGGACCCCGAGAAGUCGUGGGAGAUGUUCGAAGAAAUGUUCACAACCUCUGAGGAAUUCUACAAGUCGCUUGGGUUACCGUACCAAGUCGUAGCUAUCGUCUCGGGGGCGCUGAACAAUGCAGCUGCUAAGAAGUUCGAUCUAGAAGCCUGGUUCCCGUUCCAGGGAGAAUACAAGGAGCUGGUGUCGUGCUCAAACUGUACUGACUACCAGUCGCGUGCCCUAGAAAUACGGUUUGGUACUAAGACGCAGACGGACGCUAAGAAGAAAUACGUUCACUGCCUCAACUCGACGCUCUGUGCCACCGAGAGAGCGCUAUGCUGUAUUCUUGAGAACUACCAGACGGAGGAUGGUCUCCGAGUUCCCGAACCGCUACGCAAGUACAUUCCGGGCGCUCCCGACUUCAUCCCUUUCACCAAGGAACUGCCCAAGGAUACAACUUCGGCAAAAGCUAAGGCCAAGGGAGAGAAGGGUGUCAAGCAAAAGGUGGCUGCUGCAGGAGCCGCAGUCGCGGAAGCUGGUGAGAAGCUGAAGGAUUUAGCGGUGUAA